CAUAUGAAAACGCAGCGCACAGCGUCGGGCUUUUGAAUAGGAAAACACUGAAUGACAUCCAAACAAAAGGGAUUUGGAAGCAUUAGGAUUGUAUUAGACUGUCAAAACAAAUGAAAUGUUCGGGUUUUCAUAAGGCGACAGUUUAGUUAACUUGCCUCGUAAUGGUCGGCGAAUAGCCUGACAUUACCUGAUGGGGUGAAUCUAAAUACUGCUGCUGACAGAAGUCUGCUCCAGUCCAGACCACUGCCCCUCACACUUCAGGUAAAAACCUCCACCCAGACUCCACCCUGUCUGGAAUGCAGCACAGCAAGGGUUGACGUUUAGCAUAUGUCUUAAGCAGCCAGCUCUUUUUGACACUCGUUUAUAUUUCUGCUUUACUCACCAACGGAUGCUCUUGCAAGUGUAGAAAUUGCGGCCGCAGCGGGUGAAGUUGAAGUGUUAGUUGGCACAGAUUGAUGUGGCGAGUUAUAGAGUCAGCUGCCAAAACAUCUAACAUGACUGGCUCCCAAAUUCAGCGUUGGGUGCGUUCCUAUCACAGAUGCAGGAUGCGGUGGUGUCCCAACUCAGUGCUCCACCUGCUGCGCUGUGUGCGGUUACGGGCGUGUACCAGGAGAGGAAAGAGCAGACUGCCUUUGUGGAUUAGGGAAAUAUGGGCUUACGUGAGCGUGCUGGUGCAGUCUCUUUACUUUAACUCCCUCACGGACUCGGAUGUGGUUUUUGACUCAAUCUUUGAGCCAGUGUUUUGGACUGUGGAUUAUGUCACCCGCUGGUUUGGCACGGUGUUUGUUUUUCUUGUGGUGACGCUGACCAGCUCCAUCGUGGUGAUAGCCUAUCUGGUCCUCCUGCCUCUGAUCCUCAACACUUACUCCCCUCCGUGGAUUGCUUGGCACGUAUGUUAUGGACAUUGGAACCUCAUCAUGAUAGCUUUCCAUUACUACAAGGCCACCAAGACCUCCCCUGGGUACCCCCCUACAGAAAAAAAUGACAGUCCAUUUGUGGCAGUCUGCAAAAAAUGCAUCAUGCCCAAACCAGCAAGAACACACCACUGUGGUAUCUGUAACAGUUGCAUUCUGAAGAUGGACCAUCAUUGUCCCUGGUUGAAUAACUGCGUGGGUCACUUUAACCACCGUUACUUCUUCUCUUUCUGCCUCUUCAUGACCUUGGGCUGUGUCUACUGUAGCAUCAGUGGCAGAAACUUGUUCCUGGGUGCAUACAAUGCUCUUGAGCGCUUUAAGCAUUUGGACAUGGACAAGCCAGGUGUACCAGUAACAGGGAUGGGACUACUUAUAGGGCUUCUCCCCCCAGGCCAGACCAGCUAUCAGACACCUGCACCACCAUACACCUUUAAGGAUAAGAUGAUUCAUAAGAGCAUCAUCUACAUGUGGGUGCUGACCAGCACAGUGGGAGUGGCUCUGGGAGCCCUGACUCUUUGGCACGCCGUUCUCAUCUCCAGAGGAGAGACCAGCAUAGAGAGACACAUUAACAGCAAAGAAACAAAGCGAAUGGCAAAACGAGGAAAGGUGUACAGAAACCCUUAUAACUAUGGCAGGCUGAAUAACUGGAAAGUCUUCUUUGGCGUGGAGAAGAAAAGUCACUGGGUGACACGCGUUCUCCUUCCCUCUGGACACACCCCACAUGGCAAUGGUUUGACAUGGGAUGUCUUCCCAGUUAAAAAGGACUUAAUACCUGUAUGACGGACUACUGAGGCAUACAUGUAGCCUAAUUUCUGCAACAUUUGCUGUGGCCAACCUGCUCUGGUCAUUUGAUCUGGUUGGCUGAGAGGAUCCAAGCAUGGUGGCUCCGUACAGCUAAAGAAAUGGGGUCAUAUCAACCUCCAAUACCUCAAAAACGUGGUGUGACAUUGCUCAUGCUUCGACAGUCUACAUUUUGGAUGGUUUGUUCUCUGCUGGGUUUUAGUUAGUAUUAAAAACAGGUCUUACUUGACUCUGAGCUAAUAAUGGGUUUGAUAUUUUUAUAAAUCACAUGUACUGACUGACAUAUUAUUGGACUGAAGUUCCUUUAGAAUAACAUUUUUUUAAGUAAUCUAUCUCUGCUAGUUCUGAAAAAACUCUAAAAUUUGGGACAUAAUUGUCCCUCCCAACGCCUCAACCUCACUAUUCCAGCUGCACACUCCAGUCCAAUAUUAGCAUUUGAAAUGAACUUUCAUGGAAAACAGCAGUACAGUGGUAAUGUUAUUAUUUAUCUGUAUUUUGU